CUUCGCUGGUACAUAGAUAGUUCUAUCUAUCUAUCAGUGAGCCCUGAUGGAUAAAGGAACCAGUCAAGAACGGUCCGUCAGAAACAAGAGGGAUGCUUCCACUAGGGUGGAGGAAUCGAAGGUAGCAGCGAUGCAGCUUCAGCUUCUACCCCCUGACGUUCUCCGGCACAUACUAUCACGCUUAUCACUCAAAGAAGUCGUGAGGUUGAGUACACUUUCUCAUGAAUGGAUACGGUUAAGGAUCUGCCAUCCAGACCUGGUGCUCACCCAAAAGACCUUCUUUGGCAAAACCGUGGCAUGGCGUACUUACCAGCAUCCGGAGACUACCAAAUUCAUCACCAAAGUAGACAAGCUAUUGCGUCCACUAUGGUCUACUUCGACUACAACUACCACUACACUUGAUAAGUUUGUCAUCAAAUUCUGUCUUGGCAGAAGGCAUAAGUAUCACAUUGAUAAAUGGAUUAAAUUUUCCACCGCGUCAAGGUCCAAGCACAUUGCUCUUGAUUUCACGAUGGAACGGACAUCGACUGGCCGUGAAAGUGACAAGUACGUUUUUCCUCUGCGCAAUCUUGGUGGCCCAAUUGGCUCUUGUAUCAAGUCUCUUGAGCUGGGUUAUGUACGUUUAAAGCUGCCACCCAAUUUCUGUGGUAUCACAAACCUUACGAAACUUGCACUUAAUAAGGUGUCCAUCAGUGAAGCUGAUUUGUACAGUCUGUUGCUAAGUUGUGCUUUCCUUGAGAGUUUAAGCAUAGAGUUCUGCUCCUUGACAAGUUUAUGCAUACGGCAAGAGCUAUCCCGGUUGCAGUGCCUACGUGUGCGCUAUUGUCACCUGGAAAUGAUUGAGUUGCAUGCGCCGAAUCUUGCCAAAUUUGAGUUUGAUGAAUAUCACAGGCAAAUUGUGCUUGCUGAAUGUUUGAAAUUGUCAGAAGCAACCUUUGUGUCAAACUUGAGGCUCAGUGUUAUCAACAUUGGCGAUUUUGAGUUGAACUAUGCAUUCCCCAAGCUUCCAACUACAAUUCCUCAUGUGCAUAAACUAGUUGCACUAUUGAAUUUUGCUCAGUUGGUAAGAUUCAGUAACACCCAGACUAGCUUCAUCAAUUUGAGGCAUCUGAACAUGAACCUUGAGAUCUUCAACGAGCCAUAUGAUACAAGUCUGUUUUUGGUAUUGGUUAAUAUCUUGCAAUCAGCGCCUCUCUUAGAAGAAUUGGAACUGCAUCUCGGUCGUUAUACAGGCAGCUUUCCUUCUCCGAGGGUGACGAAGGCCGCACAAGGGCCUCAGCAUCAUCACCUCAACAGUGUCUACAUAUCUGGAUUUUGUGAUGCAUUGGGGCUGGCUGAGGUGACGCUCUACAUGCUUGAGAAUGCUACUGUGCUUGAACGUAUGGUAGUUGAUCCAGUCUCAUAUGGGGAUCCUUACACCGAUAGUAUCUAUUCGGCUAGCAAGGCCGGUAGUAGAAAAGGGGCUUCAUACAACAUCAGUCGGAACAGGGUAUUUGCGAAGGAACACCUUGACAGGGAGGAAUUUGGUCACAUCCUCACCAUUUUGUGAUUAAUAAUGUUAUAGAUGUGGAAGAUGGAUGUAUUGGCAUGGGGUUAAUCGUUCGUUCAGGAGCUUCCGUCCAAAAGAUAUCCUAAGCUUUUUGAGAAUUAACGACUGUUAUGUGCACACGCAAAAAAAAAGAGUUGUAUUGUCUGAACUUUGUGCGCAAUCUGGAUUUACGUUUUUAUUCUAUGUUUGAUCUUAUUUGAUUUUGUAGUAUGAACAGAAGCAGGCACUACUAGUGGUGAACUGAUGCGUGGUACUCUUAAUGA